UCCGCGCCCCCCACCCCCGCGCCCUGCCCGGUAUGGAUCUUGACCCCCGGCGGCCGCUGCUGAGGCUUUGACGCUGAAGCCAUGAAGACCAUCAUCGCCGCCUACUCCGGCGUCCUGCGAGGUACCGGAUCCAACAUCCUCUCGGCUCUGCAGGAUCUGUCUUGGCUGUCAAAAUCCAAAGUUGAGAAGCAACUGCAGAUAAUCUCAGUGCUGCAAUGGGUGCUGAGCUUCCUCAUCAUGGGUGUGGUUUGCACGGUGGUCCUCAUGUACAUCCUCUGCACCGAUUGCUGGGUCAUUGCGGCCAUGUAUUUGGCGUGGUUGGCGUUUGACUGGAACACUCCGAAAAAAGGUGGUAGACGAUCACAGUGGGUCAGAGGCUGGGCCAUGUGGAGAUAUUUCCGGGACUACUUUCCGGUCCGGCUGGUUAAAACCCACAGUUUGCUGACCAGCAGGAAUUACAUCUUUGGCUGCCACCCGCACGGGAUCUUGUCGGUCGGUGCCUUCUGCAAUUUCAGUACAGAGGCAACGGGCGUCAGCCAGAAGUUCCCUGGUAUCCGGACGUCCCUGGCUACGCUAGCUGGCAACUUCAGAGUUCCCAUUUUGAGGGAAUAUUUAAUGUCUGGCGGUAUCUGCCCUGUGAACCACGACACCAUAGAUUACAUCCUUUCCAAGAACGGCACUGGCAACGCCAUCGUGAUUGUGGUGGGGGGCGCUGCGGAAUCCCUGAACUGCACCCCGGGCAAAAACUCUGUGACCCUGCGACAGCGGAAGGGCUUUGUGAAGCUGGCAUUGCGGCAUGGUGCGGAUCUUGUUCCGGUCUACUCAUUUGGCGAGAACGAGAUCUUCAGGCAGGUGAUCUUUGAAGAAGGCUCGUGGGGAAAAUGGGUUCAGAAGAAGUUCCAGAAAUACAUUGGCUUUGCUCCUUGCGUCUUCCACGGACAAGGCCUCUUCUCUUCCAGCAGCUGGGGACUGUUGCCAUAUCCCAAGCCCAUCACAACUGUUGUCGGGGAGCCCAUCACCAUUCCCAAAAUCAAUAAUCCGAGCCAGAAGGAAGUAGACUUUUAUCACAGCCUCUACGUGAGCUCUCUGAUUAAACUCUUUGACAAGUACAAGACGAAAUUUGGUCUGCCGGAGACGGACGCCUUGGAAGUCAAUUGACGGCGGCGCGGAGGGGACCACGCGAGCUUUUUGAGUUUUCUUGGCCUUGCGUUUUGGGAGCGAACUCGCUGCUUGCAAAGCGGCAUCAAAAGACACUUUUCUGCCAGAAUCCAAGUUGUUUUGUGUUCUAGUCUGUGGAUCGGGGCGGCGAGCGUGGAUUGCGUGCGCGAGUCCUCAAAGGAGAAAAGGAAAAAAAAAAGUUGUCUACGUUUUCAAACAUGAGACCUCUAGAAAUGUUUUUUUGCUUGUCCGUGGCAGAUCUGUCCUGCUCCAUCAAUGAUAGGGUUUCCCAUCAACUUCUUAACUGGGCAGAGAGGAGAAGGCAUGCAGUUGCUUUUUGGAAUCUGCUACUAUUCUUGGGUAGACAGUAAAGCCCCUGGACCAGAAGCAGGAACAUAGAAAGAUGCCUUCUGGCUUUACCUAGCUCAGUAUAGUUCACGCUUUGCUGGCAGGAGCUCUCCGAGAUCUCGAGUAGAGAGAGACUGUUCCCAGCCCUAUUCUGGAGAUCCUUUUAAACUGGAGAUCCCAUGAAUUGAACCUGGGAUCUUCUGCGUGCAAGGACUGUACACUACCUUUGAUCUGCGGGCCCCUUGCUUACUUUUACUAGGGAUCCUCUAACAGGGAAUCAAACAAGUAUAAGCAUUGGGGUGGCAGGGAGAAGAGGGCACUUAUUUGGACGGAAACUUACUAGAGUCUGAUGGCCUAGAUGGGGCUGGCCAUGAAUGUUACAGUGCCCCUUAGAGGCACAUAAUCAGUGGUGUAGUGGUAAAUUUUGGCAUGCAGACGCUCUUCAUGACAGUCCUCAUAACCACUAAGAAGAGUCGAAAAUUACAAGCAGAUAGAAUCAUAGAAUAGCAGAGUUGGAAGGGGCCUACAAGGCCAUCGAGUCCAACCCCCUGCUCAAUGCAGGAAUCCACCCUAAAG